AUGCCGCGCCGCAACUAUAUGGCGACGGCCGACUACGUGGAUGAGAUCUCCACGGGCAAGGUGGUGCCAGACGGCGCGCUGACGUACGCUGACCUGGACAUCAUCCCGGGCAAGAUCACGGAGGGCACUGCCAUGGAGCCCAUCCGCUACAGCAGGCGCGCGUCCGCCGCCGCCGCCGCUGCCGCCGCCGCGCGGGUCACGCGCGCGCCGCCCUGA